AUGUCGUUGGUGACCCUUGGGUUUGCACUGGUCCUCCUCCUCCUCCUCCUCCUCCUCUGCACUGCACAGCCCGCCGCGCGCCGGCGGGGCGGGCGGGCGCCACGAAGGGUGCUGUCGCCCCUUCGGGCGUGCGCUCGCGGUGCACUGAAUUCAGCGGCGGCUUUGGCCUGGCCACCAGGUUUCGCCUGGGGCGCGGGGGCGUGCUGGGAGCGGUCGAGGGGCCGGCGGAUUAUAUCCACCACCGUGCCUCCUGGCACGUUGAGGCGUGGGAGAAUGCCACGCGCGCAGCUUUUCCAUUGGUCGCCCACCGCUCUCCCCGCGCAGUUCACUGCUACCCUCGGCACUUGA